CGCCAUCUCACCCUGCGUCGGCCCAACGGCAAUCGCUCUGCCAGGACGACUGUGGUUUGUUCAGCCGCCCGGUCUGUUCCAGCGCGGCCUCUUCGCCCUCUCCCUCUCCCUCUCCCGCCCUCUCCCGCCAUGAGCACCGCCUUUGCCCACAAGGGCGUCCGAUUCAUCUUUGUCGGAUGGACAGCAUUCAUUGCCGAGAACCUGAUCCUGUCGCAGAACCGCGACUACCUCAUCGACAAACUCGGCGGGGAGGACAACUACCACCACUGCUACAACACACUUUCGACGCUGGCGUGCGCAUCGAUUGCGUGGGGAUACUUUCGCCACGGCCGUGGCCAAGGACCCACGUUUCUCUCCUCGGGCUCGCCGACCGCCAUGGUCAAGCGCGGCAUCUUUGGUGGAUCCGUCCCGAUACGCCUGCUCGGCUUUGGGCUCCAAGCGCUUGGCUUCGUUGGCAUUUCACAGAGCUUCCCAAAGCUUCAGAUCCCAGUGGCAUUCUCCUCCAAGCCUAAUGCUCUGGGACCAUCGUCGCUCACGCCCCAACAGGCCGGCUCGAUCCCGCCAGCGCCUCUGCCAGCGGCUGGUCUGCGCAUGCAAUGCCCGAUCGACUUCAAGCCGGCGGAUGUUCCAGCCGACGGAAUCUAUGGUGUCCAGCGAGUUACUCGGCAUCCGUCACUGUGGUCCCUGGGCCUGCUGGGUCUUGGCUCGGCCAUCGCGACCCCGUUCCUGUCCGAGUUCGUGCUGUUCGGCUUCCCGGUGGUCUUUGCUCUGAUCGGGGGCGCCCAUCAGGACUAUCGCUUUCGUCGAGCCGGCACACUAACUCCAGAGAAGGACGCCAAGACCUCGCUGAUCCCGUUCGCCGCGCUGCUGGAGGGUCGGCAAGAAUGGGCCCCGCUCAAGACAGAAAUCAAGUGGGUCAACGCCUCCGCCGGCAUCCUGGUCGCCCUCGGGCUGGCCCUGCGCCGUGAGAUGCGCUGGAAGCGAUUGCUCAAGUCUGUCAAAUAAAGCCGCCAUGCAUCAGUUCCAAG